UGAGAGAGAGAGAGAGAGAGAGAGAUGGGAGAAGAGAAGCAGAACUCAUGCUCACUGCUCACAACAACUCACACGGUGCCGGAGAAGAAAAAAUAAAUAAAAGAAACAUCAAUCCAGGAGAGACAUCGGUGAUCAUCUGAAACCUCACAGACAAAUCUCUACCGUACACGUCUCCACCUCCCGCCCGUAGAUCUCCGCAUCGCUCUCCACCUGUCGUCUCUUUCCCCACUCUCUGUGCUUCCAGAAAAGAAAACGUCUAAGUAUUCACUCACUCCAGCACAAAGAGACGCUGCUCCCACAGAGCGAGCGAGCCAGAAGAGAAGAGAAGAGUCGAGUCAGGGAAGACUAGACGAUGGAGAGGCCCAAACGGUAAAUGCUGCGGCCAUGUGUUUCCUCUCGCCGAUAGCCGCCGCCGCCGCCUCCGUGCUACUCCCCCGCUGGAACAAUGUCCAUCUCGCCGGAUCACUCCGCCGCUAGCUUGCACUGCCCCGAUGAUUCCGGCUCCGAUCCCCAUCCCUUCCCCUUCGUCCUUCACUCUCCGCCGCCUGAUGACAGCGUCAUCGCUUUCCUCGUCGAGUCGGAGCUCCACCACGUGGCCCGCCCCGACUACCUCUCCCGCUGUAGCCACCGCCAGAUUGAUCUCACCGCGCGCCAGGACUCCAUCAACUGGAUCCUCAAAGUGCAUGCACACUAUGAGUUCCGACCGGUAACGGCGUACCUCUCCGUCAACUACUUCGAUCGUGUCCUUUCCUCUCAUUCCUUUCCGCAGGGAAAUGGAUGGCCGUUACAGCUGCUGUCGGUGGCGUGCUUGUCGCUUGCGGCGAAAAUGGAGGAGCCUUACGUGCCGUUGCUCUUAGACCUCCAAGUGUUCGAGCCUCGCUUCAUGUUCGAACCGAGAACGGUUCAGCGAAUGGAGCUCUGGAUCAUGGCUAGUCUCGAUUGGAGGCUGAGAUCCGUCACACCAUUCGAUUUCCUCGACUACUUCGCCUCCAAGCUCCCUUCUUCGUGCUCCAACUCCGACGCCCUUCAUUGCGUUCUAUCAGCGUCUUCCGAUCUCGUUCUCAACACCAUUCGUGUGAUCGAUUUCCUGGGCUUCCGUCCAUCGACAAUUGCCGCCGCCGCCGUGCUCUCUGCCGCCGGCGAAACGGUCGACGCGCCGGAGGAGGCCUUUUACGAGAGGGCAAACAAAGAAAUGGUGAGAAGCUGUCACCAACGAAUGGAGGAGUAUCUGGUCGACACGUGUCCGUCAGCGGACCACAAGGACCUCGCAGGCGCAGCCGAUCCUCCGGGGCCGCCGCCGCCGCCGCCGAGCCCUGUUGGCGUGCUCGACGCCGCGGCGGCGGCGUGCGGCAGCUGCGACACGCGCUCCGAAAUCCCAGUCUCCGGCACGGCUUCUGGCUGGGGCUCAAGCGCCCCCGAGCCGCAGAACAAACGGGCUCGAUCCUCUGUGUCGGAUGUACAGGAACAGCAACAACAGGGACCGUAGAUAAAAAUCCAUCGCCACCUACCUUUUUUGCUCCUCUUUUUUUUUUUUUUUGCCCUUUUGAUCUCAAUUCUCUCUGUCCAUGAUUACAUGCCAUCAAGGGUCAGCACCUGACGGUAGAGCCUAUUCUAAAUAUUUUUUUAUUUUUAUUAUUGGAAUUUCAAUUAAUAUAUUAAUAUAUUAUAUUAUAUGAAUGAA